AUGGGCAUUCAGGAUUUACCAAAAUACGUUGACACUUUGCCUUGUGGCAAACAUGGUGUUUGGGAAUUUGAUAAACUACGGGACACAAACCUUAUCGUUGAUGGCCGUGGUUUAUGUUAUUAUAUUCACUCUUCCAAUCGUUUAGACAUGAAAUAUGGAGGGCAAUAUCAGCAGCUGCAAGACAAAGUAAGGGAGUUUGUUGCAAAGCUUCGAUCCAACAAUGUCGUACCAUACGUGGUUUUUGAUGGCAUCAUGACAAAAGACGAAAAGAAGUUUGAUACGAAACUCAAAAGAAAGCAAAAAUGUUUAAAGCGAAUGAAAGCUAUGUGGUCAUCCAGAUCAUCUACCAAUGAUGUGGUUAUUCCAUGCCUUGCCCAAAUUGCGUUUGUGCAAGUUUUGCAAGAACUUGAUGUCAAAUAUGCUGUGGCUGAUUUAAACACCACAGUGAAAAAAUUCAAAUUCCAAAACUUUGCCAAACACCUUGGCAUUGACCCUGGUAUGUUACCUCUGUUUGCCUCGUUGAUCGGAAAUGAUUAUGUCUCUGAGGACGUGUUGGAACAAUUCAUGGUGUACCUUCAACAACCAACAGAUAAGAUUCCAGCCAUUGCAAAGUUCCUAUCUAAAUAUAAGAGCAAUGAUGCAUCAACAGUAUUUAAGGAUGUAGUGGAGUUAAUUCCAAGCGUCCAUCCAAAAUUUGAGGAAACAUUGCGUCUUUCUGUUGAAGAAUACAAAACGAAAGAAAGCAAUCUGAUAGGAUAUUUCAACUCUAAUGAUCUCAGUUGCAAUAUUCUUACAUUUAACGAUCAUUCUUUACCACAAUGGGCUGUUGAGUUGUUUCGAGUUGAUUCAGUUGCACCGUCAGGUUUUGCAUGUUUGUGCAAUCGAAAGGUUUUCCUCAGACCCCAAUGCGAGGACACAUCAAAGCCCUCAGCACAAGUGUGUGUUCAGGAUCUCAGAUGGUACUAUUACGCCAUGCUUCAGCACUUCGAGAAAGCAGCCAUUGGUAGAGAGUUGCGGCAGCCCCAAAGCGAAGCUGGUGCACAAAGCCUGGAAAUAACUGUUACUGAGUUUGACAGAAAAGAGUCAGAAUAUCCUAAGGAAGGAACUUGGAAGUUUAACCUAACACAGAUCAUCUCACAGAUCGAUGUUCAGAUUGAAGGCAUACGCAAGAUGUCCGAUGAUGAUAAGAAAAGCCACUUAUUAAAGUUACUUAUUAAAGAUUCUGAUCUACCAUUCAUACACAAUCUUGCAAUCGGACACCAGUUAGUAGUGGCAGCCCUGAGGUACUGGAUAAUCCAUUGCGAUGUCAAUCAAAAGCAGCUGGCUGCAAUUUUGGUCCACUAUGUUGGUGAAAAGCCAAGGCCGAUAAAACCAAACAAGUCUCUCCAAGAUGUUUUAAUUCGGACAGUUCAUGGUUUCUCACAGUGGCAAAAUGUUGUGUACUGGACUGAAAAAUUAAACUCCUUGUUUUCAGCUCCAUUUCAACAUCUGCAAGCAGCAAAACUGUACAACGGUAAACAAGUGUGUUUGGUACAUAAGAGACUGAUCAGCGAAGAAGGUGUCAAGGCAGAGUCCAUGGUGAUCUACCCUAACUUAUAUCGCCUACUUCACAACGCCAUCACGAAAGAUAUACGAGAUGAUUGGCAGCUCAAGCCAGCGAAAGACGAGAAAAAGACUACAAGUAAAGAUUACUUGAAAGGAAACAGAUUUGCUGUUCUGGGGGAAUCAGAUUCGGACUAGCUUUAAAUGAUUUACAUUGUUUUAUUGUUAUAUAUAAUACAUAUAUCACAUUUUAAAUAACUGAUUUUAAUAUAAAUAUACCGUUGUAAUUAUUACUAUUUUUACAGUUCUAACUGCUCAAUGAUUUAUGAUAUGUCUGUGCCUGAACUCAACUACAGGCAUAUGAUGGGAUAAAUACAUUGAUAUUUUUGUUAUGAACUUUUUGGGGAAUAA